AAUUAAAUUCAUUUUUAACGUCGAGUCUGCUCAACUCAAUCAAGAUUAGUCGUAAGCGCCACCUUAUGGCCGUUUUCAACGUCACUCCGCUAAUCGGUGAAAGCCACGAUAGUGGGAGUUUUUAAAAAUGGCGAGUGUGGAGAGGAAGGUAUUGAUAACGGGUGCUUCUGGUCUGCUCGGAAGAGCUAUUUUGAAAGCGUUUAAGCGAGCCAAAUGGAAUCCUCUAGGAUUAGCGUAUUCCCGCGCCGAAGGAGAAUUGAAAAAGGUCGAUUUAACAGAUUCAAAAGAAGCUGAAGAUGUUAUACAAAAUUUCCAGCCAGAUUUAGUUAUUCAUUGUGCAGCGCAAAGAUUCCCUGAUAAAGUUGAAAAGUUUUAUGAUGAAAGUUACAAACUAAAUGUUGAAACUUCAAAAAAUUUAGCCAAACUUGCAAGUGAAAAAGGGGCAGCCUUUAUAUUCAUUAGUACAGAUUAUGUUUUUGAUGGUACAAAUCCCCCGUAUAAAGAAAAUGAUAAGGUUUCUCCAAUCAAUAAAUAUGGAAAAACAAAAGCUGAUGCUGAAGCUGCAAUUGAAGAAGUUAAUGAUGAAAGUAUUAUUUUGAGGGUUCCAGUUCUCUAUGGAAAUGAAGAAUACUCUUCAGAAAGUGCAAUUUCAGUUUUAUUAGAUUGUUUAUUAAGUAAUGUUCCUAAAUCAGUAUCUGAUUAUGAAAUAAGAUAUCCAUCUCAUACAGAUGAUAUUGCAUUAAUUUGUUUAGAACUAGGAGAAAAGAAACUUCAGGAUCCAUCCAUAAAAGGUAUUUAUCAAUGGUGUGGACUUGAAUCUUUAACAAAAUAUCAGAUGGUUAAAAUAAUGGCCGAAGUAUUGGGAUUAUCCGCAAAUCACGUAACUGGUGAUCCAAAUCCCAGUUCGGGUGCACCUCGUCCACACAAUACUCAGUUAUGCCGAACGAAAUUGGAAUCAUUAGGCAUUAGAAAGCAUACAAACUUCAAAGAAGGAAUUAAAGAAUUUAGUAAAUUUUUGAAAAGUAGUUAAUAUAAAGAUUUAUUUUU